CCUCCUCUUUUAGAUUCUUGAAUAUCUUAUAUAAUUAAAAACUUAUUUAUUUAUUUAUUUAUUUUUAAUUUUUUUAUGAUAAAAGGAGAUGGAAAAUUUGAAGGGUUAUGGUUUACUUCGGAAGGGCUUUUCGAUUUCUCUCAAAUUUUACGAAGAGAGAAAGAGAGUGUAGGACUCUGCAUGUAUAUAUAGAGACAGAAUCUGUAUCUAUACACCCCAUUUAUCUAAUUCAGACAGUAAGCCAUUGAUACUACUAAACGGCUAUAAUUUUCAGGGCUAAAGUGAUUCUACAAGUGAUUUCUAUUGUUUUAUGUAAUCCGACGUUUUUUGUUGGGUUUUUCAUCUAUGAAUUUCGUAUGUUCGGUCAUAAACAAAAGGGUUUAAUCAGGGUUUCUGCUAGAUUUAGAGGAAGACAAUUAGCCCUCUGGAUAUCGGGGGCUUCCAAUCUGCAUUACAGUUUCAAAUAAGGUUCGAUUGUUCUUCAAUCGUUAUUUUAGCCCUAAUAAUGCCUGAUGUUUAUUCAACUUACAAGAAGCGAGAUGAUAUCUGCGAUGAUGUUUGUGGUCAGGAGGUUAGCAGAAUGUCAAGAAUCAAAUGCAUGAUGCAGAGUCUUGAUUUGAGAAGUUUUAUAAUAUUAUUUUUAUUAAUCCCAAUUGGGUUUGUGGGUAUUUAUUUUCAUGGACAAAAAGUAACAUACUUUCUUCGGCCACUAUGGCAAUCUCCCCCUAAACCCUUCAUUCAAAUCCCCCAUUACUAUCACCAAAACGUCUCAAUGACAACCCUCUGCAGACUCCAUGGGUGGAAAUUACGAGAAUACCCUCGAAGAGUAUACGAUGCAGUCCUGUUCAACAAUGAAAUCGACAUGCUCAUGAUCAGAUGGAAAGAACUUUACCCGUACAUAACCCAAUUCGUUCUCUUAGAAUCCAAUUCAACUUUCACAUCGAUCCCAAAACCCCAUUUUUUCGCAAUAAAUCAAGAAAAGUUUGACUUUGUAAAACCCCGUUUGACUUAUGCCACAAUCCCGGGUGGAUCAAGAAAAGGGAUUAAUCCGUUUUAUGAAGAGGCGUAUCAGAGAGUUGCGGUUGACCGGCUUUUGAGAAUUGCAGGUAUUGAAGAUGAUGAUUUGUUGAUAAUGUCAGAUGUGGAUGAGAUCCCGAGUGCACACACAAUCGAUUUAUUAAGAUGGUGUGAUGGGUCCCCCGACAUCAUGCAUUUAAAUUUAAGAAACUUUUUAUACUCUUUUGAGUUCAAUAUCGAUCAUAAAAGCUGGAGGGCUUCAGUCCAUAAAUAUAAAAAAGGGAAAACCAGGUAUGCCCACUACAGACAAACGGAUUAUUUAUUUGCAGAGUCUGGAUGGCAUUGCAGUUUUUGUUUUAGAAAAAUAAGUGAUUUUGUGUUCAAGAUGAAAGCUUAUAGCCAUUCAGACAGAAUAAGGUUUCGACAUCAUCUUGAUCCCAAAAGGAUUCAGACAGUGAUUUGUAAUGGGGAUGACUUGUACGAUAUGCUUCCUGAGGAGUACACUUUUAAGGACAUAAUUGGGAAAAUGGGUCCCAUUCCUCAUUCGUAUUCUGCUGUUCAUCUUCCGGAAUAUUUGUUGAAAAAUGGUGAUGAGUUUAAGUAUCUUUUACCUGGGAAUUGUGUUCGUGAAGCUGGGUAGGUUGUAAGGUACAAGUAGGCAAUGCAGGGGAGAAAGUGGGUAUUUUGAUAUGUAACGUACAAGUAGGAAAUGCAUAGAUGAUGUUGAUGCUGCUUUUUUUU